AACAGGUGGGAAAUUUGUCUGAGCAUGCGCGAGCAAAAUGAGCCACGCAAUUCCGUGGAAUACACGCAACGCGUGUUUACAAUUCCGUGGAAUACAACAAAUUGCGAAAUUAAUUAAUUCACGUCGUGAAACAGGCAAAGUCUAAAUACUUCGAGUCUCAAGUGAAUCAUCUAAAAAAUUCAAAGCCAAGGAAAUGGUGGAGUACUAUUAAAAACCUAGCUGGCCUUUCUUUAAAGCCUGCCUUCCAUUCUGCAGAGGUGAAUGGAACUAUCUUGCAGGGACGAGACUUAGCACUCGCUGUUAAUAACGGGUUUUUAGCCGCCACUAAAUCGUUACCGCCGUUUCCAAUUACUGAUAAAUUAUCUGUGGAAGAACCUACUGUUUUGUACCCCAUCUCCGUUGUUGAUGUCGAAUCGCGCUUAAAAGCAGUUAAAUCGAAUAAAGCUCCUGGUCCAGACUCUCUGCCAAAUUGGAUUCUCAAUAACUUUUCAAUGGAGAUUUCAGAACCUGUGACAAUGAUUUUUAAUGCCUCCAUUAAACAAGCACAAGUUCCAAUGCAGUGGAAAGAAGCAAAUGUCGUUCCCGUCCCUAAGACAUCCUCGGUCACGGAUAUAUCUUCAGACCUGCGACCUAUAUCUCUGACCGCCACGCUCUCAAAGGUUCUUGAAUCAUUUCCAUUUCAAUGGAUUAUGGAUGCCAUUAAAUCUCAGUUGGACCCAAAGCAAUUCGGAUCGCUAAAAGGCUCUUCUACGAUAGAUGCAUUAAUUAGCAUGUUCCACUGUUGGUAUUCUAACACGGACGGCAGUGGCGAGACUGCUCGUAUUUUUCUGCUUGACUUUAGUAAAGCAUUCGACAGAAUCAACCACAAAAUCCUGAUAAAAAAGAUGCAAUUACUAAAUAUUGAUAUAUCCUUAAUAAACUGGGUAAUUGAUUUCCUGAUGCAAAGAAGACAGAGGGUGAAAUUGGGUUCUUCGUUCUCUGAUUGGUCCUUGGUAAAUGGAGGCGUCCCGCAAGGUACAAUCCUUGGCCCAUUACUCUUCCUCAUCAUGGUCAACGAUUUGGCUAUUAACCACAAAGAUAGAUGGAAAUAUGUUGACGACACUAGUCUCUCCGAAACAAUCGGUAAAGGUUGUCAAAGUAACCUGCAAUCCGUUAUUAAUAAUAUCGAUCAAUGGUGCACGGAAAAUGAUAUGAUGCUUAAUCGUUCUAAAUGCAAAGAGCUAAUUAUCUCGUUCGCUAAGGACGUCCCUAAUCUUCGACCAUUGUUUAUUAAAGAUCACUGUAUGUCUCCAGUUUUAUCAGCAAAGGUUCUUGGUCUGUACUUUUCUUCUGAUCUUAGUUGGAACUUACAUGUUGAACACACAGUAUACAAGGCAUCAAAGAGACUUUUUUUCUCCGAGUGCUUAAACGCAGCGGUCUUGGAGGGAGUUCUCUAAUUCAAGUCUAUACCACAUGUAUACGACCUGUGCUUGAAUAUGCAUGCCAGGUUUGGAACUUAAACUCCCCUGACUAUUUAAAGGAAGAAAUCAAACGAAUUCAGAAGCGAGCCUUACGAAUAAUAUGUCCUGACCUGUCAUACCGCAAAGCCUUGGAACUUCAUGAAAUAUCGUUGCUCUCUCAAAGACGAAAUAAUUUAUGUAAAUCCUAUUUUAAGAAACUUCUCAACCCGGAAAAUAAAUUGAAUGAGCUUAUUCCUUAUUAAACGCGAAGACUUACGUACUUACAAUCUACGUAAUGAUCAGCAUAUUAACUUAAUUAAUUGUAAGACUACAAGAUUUAGUAAAAGUUUUAUUCCUUCUAGUAUCGUAUCAUAUGAUGAUUCAUUUUAAUUGUAAUAUAAAUUUUAGUCUUAAUAUACCGUAUAUUACCAUAUGUAUUAGUUUUACCAUGUAUUUUAAUUGUCAACUCUGUACAAUUCAGCUCUUAGCUGCCAUUCAGAUUUUGUAAUAAAUUCAAUAUAUACAAUAUAUAAGACAUUAAUAUAACCACGGCGUAAGACAUAUAGCUUAUUGGGACCAUAGAAGUGCUUAUCAUAACGCGUUAACUUGAAUAUCAAAGCUGAACAAUAUUCAGGCCAAGUUGGUAUAGUUUGCUGCUAUACUUGAAUAUGUACAGUACAGCAGUCACUUUAAUCGAACCAUGCACUGAGUCACUUUCUCAUACCUUUAUAGAACAAAUUAAUUGGUUGUUGAUUCUUCUAAUAGGAAUCAGUUAUGUGUAGUAGUUAUAGCAUGUAUUGAGUGCAAACAUGCUAUAUGUGUUUCAUGGCCCAUCCAUUUGCGCAAUCUGGCCCAUCCUAGCAAUUACUUUACGACCGAUCCCUUAUAUAGGAACCAAGCUCAAAGCUGUGUGAUAGAUUGUAUUAAGGUCGUAUAUAUAGGCGUUAAUUUUCUUCCUGUUAUUGAGAUUUCUUUAGCAACAUGUUAUAUUAUCGAUGUUCUUGCAUUAAUUUCACAACAGUAUGAGCUGAAGUGACUGUUUGUAUUUUACGAAUUACAGUUCGAUCCCGUCAGCAUUGCUUCAAUAUGAUUUAAGAUCGUCUUCUCGUUCACUUGGUAACUGUUUAAUAAUUAUAGCUAUCGUAAAUUAUAUGCUGCCAACGUACAAAAUGUGCUUACAUAACAAUUCCUAUGACUGAUAAAAGCUGAUUCUAUCCUUGUUAAAUUAACGUUCAGUUGUAACUGUUGGUAUAUGUAAAAAAGUACUUUUUUCGAAAUUUGUUGGGACCGGAAAAAGUAUACAUUUUGGGCCUGACACUAAAUCCAUUGAAGCCAUUUUAGAGAGUCAAUGAGUCUGAAAAUUGACUUCACUCGUACGUUUGUUUUAGGGGAAACGCGAGAAAUCCGUAUUGUGUUAUAAACUCUCCUCGGGCAAUCAGAAGGCACAAUUCACGUCACGGCGCGGGCAAAAAUACUACCACUUUUUUCAAUCAAAAUUGUUAAUGUCUUAUUUUUUAUCCCAUAAACUUGCCAAUAGUAAUAAAAGGUACCGAUUCACCAAGAUUUUUGAGCAAAUGCAGGGAAGUGCCCUUUAGCUGUAAGCAAGACAAAAUCUUGAAGCAGUGCAUGCAUUCAUGUUUGAGACGGCAGAUAGAAAGAAAACGUUAUUUUAAAGGGUGUCACUAAACAACAAGUGCUAACAAAGUCAUCGCACUGAACAAAAAUAAAUUAAAUAUUACAUUAAAGACAUUACACUAAUCAAUUAGAGUGCGUGAGCAUGUUUUUGGCCAAACGAGCAGCGUGCAUGGCAUAUACCUUUAUUACCAUAAAUCUCCCAUUCAUUGGCACGAUUUCCUGCCACACACUCAGCCUCAAAAUAUUUUUUAAAAGAGAAAAACUAGGCUUAAUUAAUCAGAUAAACGAAAUAAAAGAAUACAUUUUCUAUAUUUGAAACAAUAUAUUUCGAUAUUAUUUCUUUAUGCUAAAGAUAUUUUUCAAACAUUUUAGCUCCCAAUAUGUCAGAUGUACCAUGGGAAAGCGAAGAGAAACGAAACUACAUUUGUAUCCAGAAUAUUAUCAUUGAUGUUGUCACUGAAGGAUUGAGGAAAGUUUUUAAAAACGAAUGGAAUACUCGUUAUCAGGCAAGUUUCGGAGCAUGGGAUGACACCAACGUAAGUGGACUGCAGUUGUUUCUCCUGGAAAAUGCACGAUCAAGACCACACAAGAACAUGUACCAGGCAAAAUUUCAACAUGGAGAUACGAAUCAAUGGGAUUGCACUGUGCUUUUUGACGCAAUUCUGUACUCAAACUCGAUUGGUAAAUCAAGCCUUAAACCAAUAAUUAAGAUUGAAGUGGACAAUAUUCGAAAUAUGCGAAAUAAAAUUAUGCAUGCUGAAGAAGCAACCCUAUCUGAUGCUGACUUCCAAACCAUGAUCAGUGAUCUCGAAAAGGCAUUUAAAGCCCUCAGUAUUCCAAUUAAUGAUAUCAUGCAAAUGAAAAUGAAGAGAAACCUUUACAAAUCAUUUAAAGUUUUACCUUCAAAGCCAACCCACGAAGUUGUUUACCGUUCUGAGAAGGUUAAGGAAAUACAACAAGAACUCCAGACGUUACGCAUUGAUAGCGACAGCAAACUUACAUAUUUCUACAUUUCCGGAAAUCCCGGAAGUGGAAAAUCGCAGCUAUCCCGGCAACUGGGAGAUGAUUUGUUCAAAGACGUAAAUUUUGAAACACAGACAACCUUUGUAAUGACUCUGCACGGAAAAGAUUUAGACACUCUCUAUCACUCGUAUGAAGAUUUCUGCCGACGUCUAAAUUGUUCUGAGAGUGUAUUGAGAAAUGUAAUCAAUUCAUCCAAAACAAACAACGAAAAGAUCGAAGAUUUAAGAUCACUGAUUGAAAGCAGAAUCAAGAACUGGAAAAGGUGGUGGAUUGUAGUAGACAAUGUGGAAAAUCUCGAUGAUAUUUCACCCUUACUACCUCAAAUGGGUGACGAAGUUUGGAGUAAUGGUCAAAUUAUAUUAACAAUUCAGAAUACAAAUGCUGUCCCUUCUGACAGUCUGUUCACUAGGCAUAUUUCACUCAGUCGUGGCAUGAAUGACCAAGAAUGUCGUCAGUUACUUUCCAUAUUAUCAGGAACUGAUGCUAAUGAACCAUUAUUUGAUGAAGUUGCCGAGAAAUUAGACCACCAACCUUUGGCUAUGGCCGCCGCAGCUGUAUACUUCAAGAAAGUCAUCCAGACAAAAUGUUGUCCAACGUUUUCAUGGCAAGAUUAUUUAGAGAAGUUAAAAAGUAAAAGAAAAGCCACCGAGGAACAGCUUCGCAAAACUAAUUCAGCCUAUCCAUUCACCAUGUCUGCGGCGGUCCCCCUAGCUGUUGAAAAAUGUGCAGAAAGCAAUUUCAUUCUAGAUCACACCUUCAAUCUUUUUAGUCUGAUCUCCUUUGAACCGCUACCUGCUGAUAUCAUUGUCAAAUACAUUCAGGAACUUAAUCAAAACUAUGAAAAAGAGGAAAUUUAUUUGGCAUUGAAAGAUUGUUCACUUUUCCUUCUUACUGAAAGUGAAGAUUCCGAUGUCUCGCUUCAUCGUGUUGUCCAGGAAGCAACUAAAUUGUUAAGUGAUUGCAAAGGACCGCAAACUACAUAUUAUACUCAGUCUGGAAUUGCAAAUGAAAGAGCGAAAGUUGACGCUUCAUGCCGAGUUAAGAAUAUUCUAAAAGCACUUUAUCAUUUCCAUCACAGGGACGAUCAAAUCAAAAUGAUUCCGCAUUUGAAGGCACUUAAUACAGCAAUGAAAAAACAAUUUGUCGAACAAGACUCGUUAUAUUCAAUUAGCUUAGGCUUUGAAAAACGUAAAAUAUAUGCCAUAUAUCACUAUUUUGGGAAAACUUUAAAUGGCUACUGUGAGUAUCAAUUGGCUGUCAAAUUUCACAAUACAAAUCUUCAGAUCUUGAGAGAUUCAGAAAAUCAUAGUUACAGGGCCAUUACAUUCAACGAGCUUGGCGUUUCAUACACAAAAAUGGGAGAAUUCGACAAGGCUAAGGAUUAUUACCAACGAGCACUGGAAAUUAAAGAGAAACAGGCAGGUGCAAACCAUGUUAAUGUUGCAAGUUAUUAUAAUAAUAUUGGCCUAGUGUGCAGUAAGAAAGGUGACCUGGACCAGGCUAAGGAAUAUUACCAACGAGCACUAGAAAUUCAAGAGAAACAGCUAGGUCCAAACCAUAUUGAUGUUGCAGUUUCUUAUAACAACAUUGGCCUAGUGUUCAGUAAAAAAGGUGAUCUGGACCAGUCAAUGGAUUAUUACCAACGAGCGCUGGAAAUUAAAGAGAAACAGCUAGGUCCAAAUCACGUUGGUCUUGCAGUUUCUUACAACAACAUUGGCAUAACGUACGAGAAAAAAGGUGAGCUGGAUCAGGCUAAGGAUUAUCACCAACGAGCACUGGAAAUUCAAAAGAAACAGCUAGGUCCAAACCAUGUUGAUGUUGCAAUUUCUUAUAACAACAUUGGCUCAGUGUACCGUAAAAAAGGUGACCUGGACCAGGCUAAGGAUUUUCACCAACGAGCACUGGAAAUUGAAGAAAAACAGCUAGGUCUAAACCAUGUCGAUGUUGCAAUUUCUUAUAACAACAUUGGCCUAGUGUAUUAUGAUAAAGGUGACCUGGACCAGGCUAAGGAUUAUCACCAACGAGCACUGGAAAUUGAAGAAAAACAGCUAGGUCCAAACCAUGUUGAUGUUGCAAUUUCUUAUAACAAUAUUGGAUUAGUGUAUUAUGAUAAAGGUGACCUGGACAAGGCUAAGGAUUAUCACCAACGAGCGCUGGAAAUUAGAGAGAAACAGCUAGGUCCAAACCAUGUUCAUAUCGCAGAUUCUUAUAAUAACAUUGGCCUAGUGUAUUAUGAUAAAGGUGACCUGGACCAGGCUAAGGAUUAUUACCAACGAGCACUGGAAAUUCAAAAGAAACAGCUAGGUCCAAACCAUUUUUAUGUUGCAGUUUCUUAUAAUAACAUUGGCUUAGUGUAUCGUAUAAAAGGUGAGCUGGACCAGGCUAAGGAUUAUCACCAACGAGCACUGGAAAUUCAAGAGAAACAGCUAGGUCCUAACCAUGUUGAUGUCGCAUUUUCUUAUAACAACAUUGGCUCAGUGUACCGUAAAAAAGGUGAGCUGGACCAGGCUAAGGAUUAUCACGAACGAGCACUGGAAAUUCAAAAGAAACAACUAGGUCCAAACCAUGUUGAUCUAGCAUUUUCUUAUAACAACAUUGGCCUAGUGUAUUAUGAUAAAGGUGACCUGGACCAGGCUAAGGAUUAUUACCAACGAGCACUGGAAAUUAGAGAGAAACAGCUAGGUUCAUACCAUUUUCAUGUUGCAGUUUCUUAUAAUAACAUUGGCGUAGUGUAUCGUAUAAAAGGUGAGCUGGAUCAGGCUAAGGAUUAUCACCAACGAGCACUGGAAAUUCAAGAGAAACAGCUAGGUCCUAACCAUGUUGAUGCAUCUUUUUCCUAUAACCACAUUGGCUCAGUGUACCAUAAAAAAGGUGAGCUGGACCAGGCCAAGGAUUAUCACGAACGAGCACUGGAAAUUCAAAAGAAACAGCUAGGUCCUAACCAUGUUGAUGUUGCAUUUUCUUAUAACAACAUUGGCCUAGUGUAUUAUGAUAAAUGUGACCUUGACCAGGCUAAGGAUUAUUACCAACGAGCACUGGAAAUUAGAGAGAAACAGCUAGGUCCAAACCAUUUUCAUGUUGCAGUUUCUUAUAAUAACAUUGGCUUAGUGUACCGUAUAAAAGGUGAGCUGGACCAGGCUAAGAAUUAUCACCAACGAGCACUGGAAAUUCAAGAGAAACAGCUAGGUCCUAACCAUGUUGAUGUUGCAUUUUCUUAUAACAACAUUGGCUCAGUGUACCGUAAAAAAGGUGAGCUGGACCAGGCCAAGGAUUAUCACGAACGAGCACUGGAAAUUCAAAAGAAACAGCUAGGUCCUAACCAUGUUGAUGUUGCAUUUUCUUAUAACAACAUUGGCCUAGUGUUUUAUGGUAAAUGUGACCUGGACCAGGCUAAGGAUUAUUACCAACGGGCACUAGAAAUUAGAGAGAAACAGCUAGGUCCAAACCAUUUUCAUGUUGCAGUUUCUUAUAAUAACAUUGGCUUAGUGUACCGUAUAAAAGGUGAGCUGGACCAGGCUAAGGAUUACCACGAACGAGCACUGGAAGUUCAAAAGAAACAGCUAGGUCCAGACCAUGUUGAUGUUGCAUUUUCUUAUAACAACAUUGGCUCAGUGUACCAUAAAAAAGGUGAGCUGGACCAGGCUAAGGAUUAUCACCAACGAGCACUGGAAAUUAGAGAGAAACAGCUAGGUCCAAACCAUGUUCAUGUUGCAGAUUCUUAUAAUAACAUUGGCCUUGUGCAUUAUGAUAAAGGUGAGCUGCACCGGGCUAAGGAUUAUUACCAACGAGCACUGAAAAUUAAAGAAAAACAACUAAGGACCAAACCAUGUUGAUGUUGCAGUUUC